AUGUCCACGCUGCGCCUGCAGAAGCGCGCGCUGCGGCGCACGCUGCUCGCCACGCUCGGCGCCCUCGCGCCCGCCGCGCUGGCCGAGCAGUCGGGCGCCGUCGCCGCGCAUCUCUUUGCCACGGCCGCCUGGACGCGCGCGCGCGCCGUCGGCGUCUUUGUCGGCGCGGCCGGCGAGGUGGCCACCGACGCCGUCGUGCGCCGCGGCCUCGCCGAGGGCAAGCACAUCUACAUUCCGCACUUUACCCUCGCGCCCGCCGACGCGGCGGCGCCGGCGCAGAAGAGCUUUGCGCCCGACAUGCGCAUGCUGCGCCUGCACGACGUCGCCGCGUUUGAGGCGCUCAAGGAGAAUGCGUUUGGCAUCCGCGAGUUUGCGGCGGCGGGCGCCGAGAUGCUGGAGGCACGCGAUGCCGACCCGCCGAUGGACCUCGUGCUUGUGCCGGGCGUCGCCUUUGACCACGCCUGCUGCCGGCUCGGCCACGGCAAGGGCUACUACGACCGCUACCUCUCCUCGCUCGCCGCCCAUCAUGCCUCGCGCAGCAUGCCGGCGCCGCUGCUUGUGGGCCUGGCCCUCGCGCCGCAGCUGCUGCGCCCGGGCGAGGCGGUGCCCACCGAUGCGCACGAUCUGCCGCUCGAUGCCGUCGUGCACCCCGCCGGCGUGGUGCCGCGGGCCGACGGACGGGCCGUCUGA